GUUAGGUUCAAAUGAGAACAAGCCUUAACGUGAGAAGUGAGAACAAUCACAACCAUCGAUUUAGAGGAUUUGAUCUGCGCUCAACUUAAAUUAUGUGAAGGUUAUUUACGUAUUUUAUUCCUAAGCAGUUUUGGUAACCGACUAAAGGCAGUUAAUGCAUUUAUCCAUAAUUGACUUUUCAAUUAUUGAAACAUUAAAUUCCAUAUAAUAUGAAACAUCGUUGAAGAAGUUUUCACAUUUUCUAAAAGCAAAUAACAUACUCACGGAAUUAACUUUUCCUUUUAUAAAACUUUUUGCAUGUUUUUUGGAAAUAUCAUUCCUUUUUAUUCAAUUUGUCUUUUGGUCACGUUCUUCUCCAUUAAAUUGUAAUUUUUUUUUCUAUUCAUUUAUUUUGCAUCAAAUAGUAAUUGUAGUGUGUUAUAUCCUAGCUAAUAGUAAGAUGGUCAGUUCAUGUGUUCUAAAUUUUGGGUUGUUGUUUGUAAAAUACAGAUUCUUGUGCGAUAAAUACUUAUUGUGAUUAUGUAUAUAUGUAUUAUAUGUUAUUUACUGGUUCUUGGGUUUGUAUUCGUAUUGUGCAUCAGAUAUUGAUUCUUGUGUGUUAUAUAUUAGUUUAAGUUGUGUGAAAUCCUUAUGCGUUAGAUAUUAAUUAGUUUUUGUUGUGUGUCAAAUUUUUUGUGUAUGUUUCUCAUCAAGUCUAGUUCAUCCAUACCAAAUUCAACAAAAUAUUCAACCGGGAAGGUCGUCAAAUGAUUUUUGCAAGUUAACUGCUCUAAGCAUGUCCCUGUUAUUCUUACGGCCUGUUUGGAUUGAGUGUUGAGGAGUGUUAGUAAUGGAAGUGUUAGUAAGUGUUGAUGCUAACACUUGUUUGGGAGAAAAAUCCAGAGGUGUCAAGAAGUGUUAGUAAUGGUUAGGAAGUGUUAAUAAUAACCUUCCAAACACCUCAAUUGUCCAUUUUUUUAACACCCCGAUUUGGAGUGUUUUGAGGUGUUGAACAAUUAUUACGUACCCUUCUCAUUUACCCCGAAAAACAUAAAAUGCUUCGACAUUUCACUUCGAAUGUCUUUCCCACGGGUCUGAUGGUUUGUUUUUUCAUCUCUUCUCUUUACUCGUUUCUUUUGCCUCAAGGUAAAAUUAUUAACACUUCCAUUAUUAACACUUCAUUCAUUUGACUCUCCCAAACAAGGUAAAAUUAUGUCUAACACUUACACUUCCCUUCCCUUUGGAACUCUUACUAACACUUACUAACACUUCCAUUACUAACACUUCCAAACACUCCAUCCAAACAGGCCCUUAGGGUCAUAAUCCUCCACCCUUUUGCUUGGGACCAGUGUUUCUAAUGGUGCUCGAGCUUCGAAUCCAUAAGUUAAGGCGAAAGGAGUUUCACCAGUAGCCUUCCUUGGGGUAGUAUGGUACGCCCAAAGUAUGUAGUUGAGUUCAUUCACCCAAGUUGUUCCCAUUGACUCCAACUUUCUUUUGAGGCCGUUGACAAUAGUUCUGUUGACAUUUUCCACUUGUCCAUUGCAUUGGGGUAAGCAAUAGAAGCCCUGCUAGCCUCAACUCCCCAUUGUUCGCAAAAGUCCUUGAAUGGAUCAGAGUCAAACUUCUUCCCAUUGUCAGUGAUAAUUUGCAUGGGAACACCAAAUCGACAAAAUAUAUUUCUCCAGACAAACCUCUUGCAUUGUUCCGCAGUGAUGGUGGUCAUUGGUUCAGCCUCAAUCCACUUUGUGAAGUAAUCAAUCGCCAUUAUUACGAACUUCCGUCCUCCUGAGCCUGGCGGGAAAGGCCCAACAAGGUCUAUUCCCCACCUGGAGAAGGGAAUUGCAGUGCUGAUGGGAUGAUAUAGUGUGGCAGGUCUGCCGGGGUUUGUUUGAAACUUCUGGCAGACCUCACACCUUCGUGCAAAGUCCACGCAAUCCCUUAUCAUUGUAGGCCAGAAAUAUCCUUGCAAAAGAGCUUUCCUACUUAGGGUAAACGCACCUUGAUGGGAUGAACAGGUCCCUCGUGUAACUCCUUGAUCACUCGCUGAGCCAGUUCUGGCCCCAGACAUUUGAGUAGCACGCCAUUGUAGCUUCUUUUUUAAAGUUUUCCAUUUUCAAUGACGUAGUUUGGAGCCCAUCUCUUGAUCAACUUUGCCUUCUCCUCGUCUGAAGGCAGUGUUCCGGCUUCCUUGUAUUCCAUCAAUUCUUCAACCCAGGAUUUUUGCCUUGGUUCGACAGGCAAGACCUCCAGGUCUUUUAUGACCUUGAUGCUGGGUUUAUCCAGCUCUUGUAUCUGGGCUAUGCGCAUAAGGUGCUCAGGCGCAUCUUUGGUCAGCUUUGACAGAAUGUCUGCCUCGUUGUUUUGGGCUCGGGGAACACAUAUCAGAUCUGACUCCUCAAACUGUUUGAUAAGUUCCAGAGCUACGUCCUUGUAUUUCUGCAUUCUUUCUUCUUUGGCUUCGUAUUCCCCUCUGAGCUGUUUGAUAACCAACUUAGUGUCAUUUUUAAUCCUCAGUUUUUGUGCUUUGAAGUGGAUCGCUAUCCUGAGGCCGGAUAGCAGGGCCUCGUACUCAUCUUCAUUAUUGGAUAGGUUAAACUUGUAUCUGAGGACGUGAUAAGUUUUGAAACCUUCAUGGGUGAUGAGGACCACCCCUCCUUCGCAACCUUUGGAUCCUGAUGAUGAUCCAUCAGUCAUCAGGGUCCACCAAUCCUCUUCUUUGUGUCUCUUUUCUUCAGCCAAGUCCCGGGCAGUACAUUCAACCAAGAAGUCUGCCAAGGCCUGGCCUUUGAUUGAUGAUCUAGGUUGGAAACUUACUUGAUACUGACUGAUCAGCAAGGACCACUUCACAAUUCUAGCGGUUUUAGUUGUCCUGAACAAUGUGCCAACUCCCAGGCCCGAGAGCACUUUGAUUGGAUGAGCCUGGAAGUAAUGCGCCAGUUUCUUGGCCGCUGUGUAAACUGCAAGAGCGAUCUUUUCCAAGGCCGGAUACCUGAGCUCAGCUCCAUGAAGGACUUUGCUGAUGUAAUAGACCGGCUUUUGCACUGUUCCUUCCUCGCGUACCAAAACAGAGUUGAUUGCGCUUUUGGUUACUCCCAAAUAGAGAGUGAGGGUCUCACCGGCUUCAGGUUUGCUGAGCAGUAGAUCUGAUUGUAAAUACUUUUUGAGGCAGACAAUAAUAAUUGUACUAUUAAGCUAUUUAAUUUUCACAUAGAGCUUAUUUUUAUACCUUUUCACUUAUUUUUAUUUUACUUGCAAUUUGUCAUACGAUCCAAAUUUUAAUUUUCUUACCACUACUAAAACAUAUAUAAUAAAAGCUAAACAUAUAAUUUAUAUUGUCUUCUUUUAUUUCACAAAAUUACACAUUAUGUACAAUCAUAAAAUAUAAUUUUAUAUAAAUUACUAUUCAAUUCUAGAUAUACCCGGUGCAUCGCAUGGGUACUUGGUUUGGUUUGUAUAAAAUUUUAAAGAACCCGUAACGGGCUCACUACGGAGCACGCGAUCCACACUCGUCAAAAAAAUACGGAGUUCUACGUGCUACUCAGUACUCAUAGUACUCAAUCGGAUAAAAAUUAAAAAAGAAACGAGUUCCGUCACUUCCGUGACCUCAAAAUUCAGAAACCAUCCCAAGCUAAAUAUAGCAAUUAGCAAAUGCAGAUGACACGUAUUGCCACAUUAAUUUUCUAAAUUAUACGUAUCCGAGGCUUUUUUGGAUGGAAUUUAAACUUAAAUGAAUUGCUUAAUACUGCCCUAAUGAAAAGUAAAAUAUUAAAAGUGCAAUUUCAUCACAUCCCGUUUUCGAUCGGUUUGGGAUGUUUUCUUUUGGACUGAAAUUUGCUGGUCUGGUCUGGUCUGGUCUGUUUAAGUCUGGUCUGGUCUGGUCUGUUUAAGUCUGGUCUGGUCUGGUCUGAACUGGUCUGGUCUGGUCUGGUAAACGUCUGGUCUCUGUGUAUUUUAUAACUACGGAAGUCUGGUCUAGUCUGGUCUGGUCUGUUUAAGUCUGGUCUGGUCUGGUCUGGUCUGUUUAAGUCUGGUCUGGUCUGGUCUGGUCUGUUUAAGUCUGGUCUGGUCUGGUCUGGUCUGUUUAAGUCUGGUCUGGUCUGGUCUGGGACUGAAAACAGUCCAAAAGAAAACAUCCUGGGACUUGUACAAAAAAUAUCGAUUCGGUGUCAUUACGGGUCGGUCCAUACGGUUCGGUACAAUGCUUUUCAAUUUUUUUAUCCACCCUAAAUUAGUUACUUUAAUUGGAUUUUCAUUUUUGUAGUACUUUUCAUUCUACUUUCCUUUGCGUAAACAUCAAUCUUCAGUUUUUUAUUGUUUUGUUUCUCACCUAAUUUAAAGUUGACAAAGUGUAAUAGAAUGAAAAUAAUAUCUUUUCAGUUAUUAUAUAUGUUAAUUGUAAAACUUAGGGGUGACCGGUGGGCGUAGCUCAACUGGUAUACAAGAGGUGUCACAAGAGGUAAGUAUCGGGUUCGAAUUUGGUAACUGUAAUGAGAGAUUAUUAUGUAAAAUGCAUAAAGCCUCUGCAAAUACCUGUGUCAGAGCCUCACUCGCUAUCUGUCAGCUUGUGAUUAAAGUUCAAAUUGGAUCAUCCAUUUAACUAACCGAUCGGUGUUGAAGGGCUCUCAGUGAUGGGUGUUGUUGAGGUUUUGUCCCGUAGAUCCGGAAGCCCAACAUAAACUUCGGAUAUUAAGGACGAUGGAUUCGGUAUAAAAGUGAAUAAAUAUAUAAAAGUGUAUGAACUAGCUAUUUUUACGUGGAAACCCGGAAAGGGAGAAAACCACGGGACUUUUUAGGCUAACGUCCAAGCCCGCUCUUUCUCAUUAAUAUCCUCCCAUCACUCAUUUACAUAGUAUAAAGGUAGAGCUCCAUUAAUGGAGGUAUGAACUAAUCUAUCAAGAAGGAAAAAUAAGCAGGGAGGGAGGAGAGAGCUCCAAAAAGAGAGAUCCUUUAAUCAGGAGGCUUGGCCUCCUAUUUAUAGAAGGGGGAGGGGAAACCCUCUAGUCUAACGGGCCGAAAAGGCCCUAAUGGGCCGAAACGGGCCUAAAUGGGCCGGCGAACCCAAAUGGGCCUCGCCAAUUGGGUUCCGUAUCGGGGUGAGGCUUUGGGCCUCUGAACAGUAGUGGGCCGGGGUAAUAUACCCAACACAAGUCCCCCAGUUUCUUGAGUAGUGAGCCUGUGAAUCUGCUCGAGAAAGUAUACUCUUGCUCACGUCCUUCCCUGCCUUCCCUAAAUCAGAGUCUUGGAAUAAUCUUGGACGCAAGGCAUGCAUAAGCCAUAAGUGAGGUGCAAUCCCGCACUAGGCACGUCGGCGCUAAAGAGCCAGCCGCUCGUGCUGCAUAAGACGGCGGUCCCGACCUGAAUGGCAUGGGUGGACCUGACCGAGAAGAAGGCACGACGGCGCUGUAGAGCCAGCCGUUCAUGCUGCAUAAAAACGGCGGUUGUCAUCCUAGAUUAAGGAUGGACGAGCCCAACCAAGAGCCAGGCAUGACGGUGCUGCGGAGCCCGUUCAUGCUGCAUAUAAGCGCCGGUCGCCAUCCUAGAUCAAGGAUGGACGAGCUCGACGGAGAGUCCGACACGACGGUGCUUUGGAGCCCGUUCGUGCUGCAUAAAAGCGGCGGUCGUCAUCCCAGAUUAAGGAUGGACGAGCCAAACCGAGAGCCAGGCACGACGGUGCUGUGGAGCCCGUUCGUGCUGUAUAAAAGCGGCGGUCGUCAUCCCAGAUUAAGGAUGGACGAACCCGCCAAAAAGCCAGGCACGACGGUGCUGUGGAGCCCGUACGUGCUGCAUAAGAGCGACGGUCGCCAUCCCAGAGCAAGGAUGGACGAGCCAAUCCGAGAGCAAGGCACGACAGUUUGUUUUUCAUUUGCCACAGGUCAGCACCAAAAUUGAGGUGCAAGCCGUUCGGUUAAUUUCUGUCGGUUGUUCUUUGUUUCCUGAACGCGCAAGUCAUCAAUGUUUAACGCUUGCUGCGCCCCCGAGCACCAUGUUUCAGAUGCAUGUCGUCCGGUCUAUUACCGUCGACUGGUUGUUCCCUGAACGCGCAAGACAUAAUGUUUAAUGCUUGCUGCGCCCCUGAGCACCAUGUUUCAGAUGCAUGUCGUCCGGUUUAUUACCGUCGACUGGUUGUUCCCUGAACGCGCAAGUCAUCAAUGUUUAACGCUUGCUGCGCCCCCGAGCACCAUGUUUCAGAUGCAUGCCGUCCGGUUUAUUACCGUCGACUGGUUGUUCCCUGAACGCGCAAGUCAUCAAUGUUUAACGCUUGUUGCGCCCCCGAGCACCAUGUUUCAGAUGCAUGCCGUCCGGUUUAUUACCGUCGACUGGUUGUUCCCUGAACGCGCAAGUCAUCAAUGUUUAACGCUUGCUGCGCCCCCGAGCACCAUGUUUCAGAUGCAUGCCGUCCGGUUUAUUACCGUCGACUGGUUGUUCCCUGAACGCGCAAGUCAUCAAUGUUUAAUGCUUGCUGCGCCCCCGAGCACCAUGUUUCAGAUGCAUGCCGUCCGGUUUAUUACCGUCGACUGGUUGUUCCCUGAACGCGCAAGUCAUCAAUGUUUAACGCUUGCUGCGCCCCCGAGCACCAUGUUUCAGAUGCAUGCCGUCCAGUUUAUUACCGUCGACUGGUUGUUCCCUGAACGCGCAAGUCAUCAAUGUUUAAUGCUUGCUGCGCCCCCGAGCACCAUGUUUCAGAUGCAUGCCGUCCGGUUUAUUACCGUCGACUGGUUGUUCCCUGAACGCGCAAGUCAUCAAUGUUUAAUGCUUGCUGCGCCCCCGAGCACCAUGUUUCAGAUGCAUGCCGUCCGGUUUAUUACCGUCGACUGGUUGUUCCCUGAACGCGCAAGUCAUCAAUGUUUAAUGCUUGCUGCGCCCCCGAGCACCAUGUUUCAGAUGCAUGUCGUCCGGUUUAUUACCGUCGACUGGUUGUUCUUUGUUUCCAGUCAUGAACGUCUAUGCGCUUCAUGCCGUCCGUUUUUUUUUUUUUUUUUGUGCUGAGAUGAUGGCUCCCCAUGGAUCGAGACAAGUGGUAUCUAUCGAUCGAGGUGAGACUUUAUGGAAUGUGAAGAUGCCUCCCAAGCGAAUAAUGUCGUGCCGUGGGGCUGAUCAUGAUAUAUUGAUAUGAAGACAUGAAUAAAUCCAAGGGUCUUGCGAGCGCCCUCUGCUCAAGGACAGCGGCAGCAACUGCGGCAGCGGUCCACAAAAUGUAGCCAUGCUGAAAGUCAAGCAAUGGUCCUCAUCCGUGCAGUGCGGGGACGAGGCCGCUUUUCAAAGAUGAUAAACACGUAGUGCCGACAGGCUGAUCGUGAUAUGAUGAUAUCGGCAAUGAGAAGCCAACCUAAAAAUCAAGCAACGGUCCUUAUCCGCGCAGUGCGGGGACAAGGCCGGUCUUCAAAUGUGAUAAUGGCACCGUACCAGAGGGUCGGUGGCCAUGUAAUGAGGUCGCCACCGGGGGCUGAUCGGAAAGGAACAAGCAACGGUCCUUAUCUGCGCAGUGCGGGGACAAGGCCGGUCUUCAAAUAUGAUAAUGGCACCGUACCAGAGGGUCGGUGGCCAUGUAAUGAGGUCGCCACCGGGGGCUGAUCGGAAAGGAACAAGCAACGGUCCUUAUCUGCGCAGUGCGGGGACAAGGCCGGUCUUCAAAUAUGAUAAUGGCACCGUACCAGAGGUCGGUGGCCAUGUAAUGAGGUCGCCACUGGAGGCUGAUCGGAAAGGAACAAGCAACGGUCCUUAUCUGCGCAGUGCGGGGACAAGGCCGGUCUUCAAAUAUGAUAAUGGCACCGUACCAGGGGGUCGGUGGCCAUGUAAAGAUGUCAGCGCUGGGGGCCGAUCAGAAAUAAAUAAUCAACAGUUCUCAUCCGCGAGGAGCGGAGAUGAGGCCGGUCUUCCAAAUGAUCACCAUGCCGAGCCAGGAGAGUCGGUCGUGGUGAGAGAAAAUUCGGCGCUGGGAGGCCGAUCUGUAAAUCCGAGGGGCUUACAGGCGCCCUCAGCCCAUAAUGUUGCUCUAGGUGCCGAACGGCGGAGGCCGAAUUGCCAGUCAGGUAGCGUAAUCUGAAAGUUUGUGUAUCGUACAGUCCAUAGGACUUCCCUUCAUGUGUUGUGACAUCUAUACAUUUGUAGUCCCUUCUUUUCUCAAUCGUCCAUGAUUCCUUCAACACACUAGUAGCCUCACUCUUUUUUUUUUUUUUUUUUUAUUAUAUAUUUUUUUUCCCUUUCCUUUCUUUUUUUUUCUUUCCUUUUUUUUUUCCUUUCCCUUUUUUUUUCUCUUUCCUUUCCUUUUUUUUUUUUUGCGUUUCCUGAUCUUCCCGUCCGGUCUGACCAACCGGCUCUGAGUGUAAAUAUUCCUUCUUUUCGUUCCCAUUCAUCAACGUCUCUGCGCUUCAUGCCGAACGUCAUGAACAUCCCUAUGCUCCAUAAUCUCCCCGUUCGAGAACUUCGAACGGCCCUGAAUAAAUGUGAUUCCUUUCUUGUUGCCGGGCAUGAACGUCUACGCGCUUCAUGCCGAAUUGUCAUGAACAUCUAUGUGCAUCAUGACAUCCCGUUCGAGAAUAUCUCAAGAAUCUCACUGCACAGUAAGCAUGGUAAUACGGCCGAACGACCCGAACAACAUAUACAAGUAUAUACACACAUGUGUAACAUUUCUUUUUUAUUAUUAAUUUUUCAUCCAUGACUAUCGGCCGAAGCGGUAAUGAUAACCCUUGGCCUAGAUUCAUUUCUUGAUCUGUUAGACUCCACGACUCGAACCACCUAGUGUUUUGUCGGGUAUUCAAGUACGUAUUUCGCCCCGUACUGGGUACAGUUGCUGUUCGGGCACUCAAUGCCGAACGAGACCAUGAGUAGUCUCCAAGUCAAAAUACGUCAUCGGGCAAUGCCCUUGCGAGACGCUUUAGCUACUUUAGGCCGAUCGGGGGUGGACCGAUAUGCCCAGUAAAACCAAUCAUUUAAUUAAAAUGACGGUGAGGUUUUAUUAGAGCCGAACUCAUUGCUAGAGCACGACCUUAUUCCGUUCGGGGUGUUUUUCACCCUUAACACCGGUUAUUUAACUAAAAAUGAUGGCGAGUUCAUUACUAGAGCUUCACUCGGCCCUAUUCUGUCCGGGAACUUUAAUCCCUAAUUCCUGUCAUUAAAAGUUAAAAUAACGGCGAAUAUCUAUCAUUGGAGCUUUCCUCGAUGAUAUUUAACUCGGGAUAUUCUAAUCCCUACUAAACAAAUCAUGGCGAUGUGUAACUAAUAUUAAUAUUACUACAUCACUACAUUUAAUAUUUUUCAUGGAUGUACCGCCAAUGCCGAAUGGGCCCAUGAGUUAUUUUCAAUGUAAAAUACGUCAUCGAGGACACUUCAGCCAAUUAAUUUGGCCCGGUCGGGGGCGAGCUGAUACGCUCAAUCAAACCAAGCAUUUAAUUAAGACGUUGGUGAUCUUAUAUAUAGAGCCCCGUUCGGUAUUAUAUUAUUCGGGAUAUUUCAAUCCCUAUUAUUGCCAUGUAGUAGCACUUGAUGUACUAACACCGGUCAUUUAUACCGAAAAUGACGGUGAACUUAUUAUUCGAGCCUCACCCCGACACUAUUUUAAUUGGGACAAUUUUAAGCCCCGAAUAAUAAUAGUGAUGCAAGUAACAAUAGCAAUGCAAUUUAUCUGAAAUGGAAUCACCAAGUGAUAGAAAUGAUGGUACUUAGCUGAAUCAGGCUGAAUUUCAGGUGUCAGGCCAAUAAAUUGACCCGAUAAUGAAUAAAAUAACCUCCAUCGCACCAGAGGGCCCUUCUGGCUAGUUGAAAAUCGUUUGGACAGAUAUUGGGCCCAUCAAAUACUUCAUUGGGGGCAGACAUGAUCCAGCCCACCGUAAGGUUACAAUAUCUGGUCGUUCGAGCUUUCCUCACUCUACCAGAUUUUAGGAACCACGAAAAACUCAUCGUUCUCAAAAGAUGAGGUCCGGACUCGGAACGGGAAGGUGCCGAACGGCGUAGUGCCAGAAAACGAGCUGGGCGACGAUCGGUCCGGUUGAUGGUUUCAGCUGAACGUGAGACCGGCAGGAGGUCUCGACCGGCAGGAGGUCAGAGGUCUCGAUUGAGCAGUAAUAGUGCAGGUAGGCAUAAGGGCUAACUGAGCGAGAAAAUCACCGCACGGCUGAGGGCUUACCUGUUCGGGUUCUAGUAUUUUUCUGAAGACAUCCCGUUCGGUAAAAGCUGUCAGAUGGUCGUUCAAGAUCAAGACCAAGCUUCUGAUCAGGAAAUACCGUUCCGGGGAGAAAUGAUGCUACUUCCUAACAUCCUGCCAUCUUUGAUAAUAGAAGCCACUGGCCGGAUAUAAAUUUUCUCUUUGGUGGCCGUUCGGUAACCUUCCCCACAGCGGAUGUUCUCUUCUGAGUAAUUGUGGGAAUGGAUAGAUAAGGGGACAGCUGUUAUGGGCUGGUUAUGCCCCUUCCCGGGUAGGUCCGACCUCCGUUCUCAAUUUUGAGCGAUGAAACGGUCUCUGUGAACCUUCAUUAUUCACCAUGCCCCCUUGUUCUGUCCCCCUCGUGAUUUCCCGUUCGGCAAAAGAUAUUGCUGUGGAAAAGUCAAAUAAUACCACAUACCUGAGGUCCUUUUGUUCGGGUAAUCCAGAUACAUCGGUUCUACAGGAGGUAGUGAACCGGUGGCCUCUUGUGUUGUCAGUGGAAUGCAUAAAUUUAGCUUUGGGCGUUCGGGACUCCCGUUCGGGAGGCGGCGUUGGUUUAGUUGAUAAGAACGAAUUUGGAAUAUCACCCACUUGUGUUGUCAGAUGACAAUAAUUCUCUUUGGCCCACUCAUCAUUUCUUUCAAUCAUUAGUAACUUUGCAUAACAAUAAUUCUCCUUGGCCUCCUGCUUCACCCUUAACACUUACUUCAAGAUAUGGGAUAGAUAAACCAACUAUGGUCAAGCUGCUGGAGUCGUUUGACUGGAGCACAGCCUGCCUUCUGCGCGGAACUUUGGACUCUCCGGUUGUUUGUCCUUCAUGAACCCUGGAACGCUGUUGCUUGUCUCCCUUGUUGUCGAAUCUCUUCUUUUAUUUUUUUUUUGGUUGGAAAUCAGUUCUUCACAUCACCUUUUAGUAGAACAGCAAGUACACGUGAAUCUUUUUGAACUUUUCCCACAGACGGCGCCAAUGUUGAGGUUUUGUCCCGUAGAUCCGGAAGCCCAACAUAAACUUCGGAUAUUAAGGACGAUGGAUUCGGUAUAAAAGUGAAUAAAUAUAUAAAAGUGUAUGAACUAGCUAUUUUUACGUGGAAACCCGGAAAGGGAGAAAACCACGGGACUUUUUAGGCUAACGUCCAAGCCCGCUCUUUCUCAUUAAUAUCCUCCCAUCACUCAUUUACAUAGUAUAAAGGUAGAGCUCCAUUAAUGGAGGUAUGAACUAAUCUAUCAAGAAGGAAAAAUAAGCAGGGAGGGAGGAGAGAGCUCCAAAAAGAGAGAUCCUUUAAUCAGGAGGCUUGGCCUCCUAUUUAUAGAAGGGGGAGGGGAAACCCUCUAGUCUAACGGGCCGAAAAGGCCCUAAUGGGCCGAAACGGGCCUAAAUGGGCCGGCGAACCCAAAUGGGCCUCGCCAAUUGGGUUCCGUAUCGGGGUGAGGCUUUGGGCCUCUGAACAGUAGUGGGCCGGGGUAAUAUACCCAACA